AUGUUGAGUUCAAAGGAUGGUAGGUGUUUUGCCUGUUCAGCAGUUGGACACUCUAGGAAGGAAUGCCCACAUGUGGGAGGAAAGAAAAAGGUGGCCAAGACUAAGGCUAAGGAGUCGCCACCAAAGGGUUCCAAGGGAGCAGAAGCUGAGGCUCCUAUGGGUCCGCCCCCGGGCAUCCCGGUUCCAGAGAAGGGUUCGACUUCGGUCGACAAAACGAAACUUCAAGAGGAUGGUGUGGGGUCGAAGGGUACGGUGGUGAUUGAUGACUUGUUGGCUGUCGGUGAUGAGGUUCGUCGAUGGUGGUUGGAACGGUUCCCACAUAUCCCGGAUUCGGUGCUGCAGUUCAUGGUAGGAGGUCCUCCCUGUAGAUCAGUGUCCCGAUUGCGAAACAUCCGGCCGGGUCCGGUUCCACUUCGGGGUCGCUACUCGGAUCGUUAUUGUUUGGGCGGUCUGGGGACCAUGGAUCAACUCAAAGUGGACGGCGAUUCCGCCCUUUUCCUCAAGCAACUUGGAUUGUGGUGCCUAGCACGCGAAUGCCAGAUGCCACAGUUGCCGGGGGUCGGGUUCCUCCUGGAAUCACCGGAAGACCCGGCGGAGUAUGCUGGUGAACUUGAAGCACCAUCUUUUUGGGCUUGGCCAGAGUGGGACUACUUGGAAUCUUUGGAUGAAUCCCUCCGUAGGGCGAAGGACCCAGCCACUGCGAAGGUCGUCAAAUAUGCUCUGGUAGGAACGGUAGUUGUGCCUUGGUUUCAUGACAUGGAAGAAGAUGCCAAGUCCACCAGUUCUCCACUGCCGGAUGGGGUAGUUUUGGGGGAGCAUGUUGUAGAAGUAGUGGAGGAUCCGUCAUGGGGUGAGGGGUUAGACGAAGCUGAGUAUGCUUUGGAAGAACCAGAUGAAGACCCUCCCUCCGGGGGAGCGGCACUGGCUGAGCCAGCUGAAAUAGAACCCUCUGGGGAUCUUGAAGAAAAGGUGAGUGUAAAGGAUCCAGUGUUGGAAAAAAUGGAUCAAGUUGCUGUUCCUCUCAAGGUCAAACAGGUCACCUUGGCGGUUACUUUGAAAAGCCGCCACCAAGCUGAGGUUACCCAAGGGUUGGAUUUGUUGUUCACCCGGUUCAAGUACCUUGGUUUGGAGCCCCGCAGAAUCCAUUCGGAUCGGGCCAAAGAAUUUUUGUCGGAUCACAAAGUCAUGCAUGUUCGGGAAGCCAUUUUACCAUCACCCAUGGGUAUUGAUGUCGCCAUCGAACUUCAAGAAGCUGGCGGGCAACCACCACCCAUUGACAUGACUGAGGAAUGCCCUCCAAGGAGACUCGUUGGAAAGCAGCCCUUGCCCUUAGGUCCUCCCAAACCACCAGCCAUUGUCACCUUUCCACAUGGGAUGUAUGAUUCUACCACGGAUGACCCCGAAUAUGAACCCAGCCUUUUAGAGGAUGAUGAUCCACGUGCCUUGGUUCCAUCGGUUGCCGAUGGGGGGGAGCCUCUUGGCCUUUUUGAAGACUCUGGCAUCUCUCCAGAAAGCUCGGUGCCUCUGGAUGUGGGGGUAGCUGAAGCGUCAGGGGCGGGGGAGACGGUUGUGGAUGCGCCUUGGAUGGAUUCGUCGGACGGUAGUGCGGUUCCGGGGGAGGUGGUGGAUGGUAUCUCCAAGGUGGUGGUGAGACGGUUGGAGUGUAGAUUGGUUGAACGGGUGUGGUCGGAGGUUCGUGACAGGAAUCAACAUGAGAUCAUGGACAAGCUCCACACGGUUCCCAUGGAUGAAAGUAGUGGUAGGGUAGUCGGUCAAACAAUUGAAUGGUUGACGGAGGAACGUAGUGGGUUAGAAAGGGAUCUGAGUGUCUUGGCUGAGCGGGAGAAACGGGAAACUCUUAGGCUCUGUGGUGUUCAAGUUGGUGGUGACCAGGUUCAUUUGGGUAAGGAUGGUGAAGUCCUUCAAACCACUACGGUUUCUUUGGAUGAAGUGAGAAAAAAUCUUCAGGAGUGGAUCCCGGCAAUGAAAAAUGAGUACCAUUCUCUCACGGAGGAAACCCAAGCCAUCAUUCCAGUGGAAGAAGGUCAGCUUGACAUGUCACAGGUCGAGCACUCUACGGAUUCAACAGUAGCCCAAAUCAUUGGGCUGGACAUCGGGACAGAACAGUCAGAACUUUCCGGUGGACGGACACGGCGACUGGCAAACGGUUGGGGUUGGUUCAAACGGCUGAAGGGAAUUUGUGGCGCAUUGGGUGGGAAUCUAAGGAACACACCAGUGGCCAAGUCAGAUCCUCCUGAGGAACCCGAAGUUGCCACAGCUGAGGACGUGCGUGCUGCACAAGCCCUGACUGGGGAGCUGACCAACUCAGCAUCCCGCGGCAUGACAGAUUGUCCCGCCAAGGUCGCCACUGCAGCUAAGGUUGCAGCGAUCUCUGGUGUGGCUGGAGCAGCGUGCUUUUUAGCUCGUGCUGCACAACUUCGAGAAGCUAUGCUGGAACUGGAACCGCUGACUGCGUCGCUGGGAGCUCUUUUGGUGGGAAUAGCUGCUCUGCUUUUGGUCGUCAAGUGCUCACGGUGUCACGACUUGAACGAUGUACCGUCUCUACGGUCGUUUCCUAGGGUAGGUCACGACUUGGACGAUGUACCGUCUCUACGGUCGUUUCCUAGGGUAGGUCACGAUGUAAACUAUAAUGAUUCCACCACCUCCAUCACGGGUUUCGUGGAUGAUGUAGAGAAUGUGCGUAGCUCAGUGUACAGGGCUGAUGUGGUGGUGGAUCCAGUUCCAAGUGUGAAGUUGGUAGGUCCUGUGCAGGCGAGAGGUUGGAGCCAAGUUGACAAGAACAAAGAAGACCCAACAAGAGCCAAGGGCCACAAGAAUGAAAAAAGAAAGACAGAGUGGGCCGUAGGGAAGAGCAGAACGAGGGAAAACGAACCCGUUCUGGUAGGAGAGUUGCAGGAGGCAGGUGUUUCAGGUGAAGGUCGGGUUCGUAGCGAGGGUUCGGCUGAUGGUUCGGCUGUGGCUAGGAUGACGGCUUGUAGAGAGUCUCCCGAAUUGGAGAUGCCAAAACUAUUGGACCUUAGCCUCCAAGGCUCCCCAGUCUCUCGGCCGCGCCUCAAAGCCAUGGCGUCCCCGGCGGCGCAAGUGGAAACUUUCCCGAUGGGCGCUGAGUUGCUGGCACUGGACCUAUUUCAGGAGCCGCCACAGGGGAGCUCCGAUUACUGGAAAAACCUCCAGCUGGGAGGCCGAUCCUUCUGGAUCAAGUACCACCGCAAACUUAGGUGGCAGAGUUUGCAUCCCUUGCACCGCAAGUCGCCGAAAAGCGGUUUAGAGCUCCAGCCGGAGCGAAUGCAAAUCAGGUACCCAGUGGGGUAUCCCGUGAGGAAGCUGACUGUGGUUGAUCGUUGGGAUGGGCCAGUCGAAAAAGAACGGCCGUACCAAUGGCGAGGAUAUACCAUCUUCGUCACUUCAGCUGGUUCGCAAGGUCCAACCCCUGCUAUGGCUGAAGAAGGGGGACUGCACCCGCCAGGUGUACCACCGGAGACUGUGGACGAGUUCAACCAGGGGGUGACGGAAUCCUGGUUGGCUCCACCAAUGAACUUGGAGACGGACCAGCACUUCGAGGGCAGUGAGGCGCACUGGGGACCUGGGUUCAGCCAGGCGCCACAAGGUGUACCUCAAGGAUAUUCAGCGCCUGUGGCAAUCAGUGCCGCGGCAAUCAAUGCAGAAGAUGAUGCUACGGUGGAAGCCAGGUCCCACCAACAACGUGCUCUUGAAGGACUGGAGGCCGGGAAGACAGUUGAGAGGGCAAUCGCCCAUGGCUCCAUUGCCCGCCGAUGGCGAAGGGCCCCUGUGCAAGGGCAACAAGGAACCCUCAGCGCUCCCCGAGCAAACCGGGCUACGGGUUCUAUGGGCAGUACGGAUGGCUUCGAUCGCGGUCCAGAAGUACACCCGCAAGCACAAGUGGACUAUGAGGCUGCUCUGGGACGCGCGCUGAAGAGAGGGACCAAGAAGGGAUCCAGCAAGAUCUAUACCAAGGUGGAAGGAGGUUUGUCUGGCUCACGGCAGGCGCUGGAUAGUCAGAGAUUGGCCCAGCGGCGGUGCAACCGCCCUUGCGCCGACCAACCGUUGCAGCCCCUCCACCCCAACAAGUGCCUACUCCGCGGUUGCCAGAGUGGGACGUCGUUGGCGAAGCCAUGGAAGAUGGCGAUCAAGCGCCGGCCUCGGGAGGCGUCGGUUCAAAGCAUCCGACCGCUGCCCGAAUCGAGUGACGGGGAGGAAGAGGAGACGCCUCUCCUCCUGGCCGUGAGAGAAGAGCUGUGCGACAAGGCGGCCGAUGAACCGGAAAUCCACGGCGGAUCUGUCAUUUGCCCAGCUGGUCCCGGGGCUUUCGCCGUCAAAGUCUGUGGUUUGCUCGACCUGGCACUGGCCAUUGCGGCCGCGGUGGUGUUGCGAGAACCGUUGGGCAAAGAGUUCCACGUCUUGCAUGCGAAAAUGGUGGAUUUGGGCAACCUGCGCAGGUUCGCCCCAGGGCCUUGCUUCACCGACCAGAUCCGGAAGAUCAUGGAGUGGGCAAUCCUGACGUGCGGUGAGCAUCGCACACAGCUGUUGCUCUGUGGAAUGCUGCUGUUGGCUCUGUUUCUCUUGAAAAAGUGCAGCGGAUGUGUUGCAGAGUUUGUUGUCCGAAAACUUGCAGGUGAGGAACAUGUUGAAAGAUUCUUUGCAAAAGCUGAAGUGGUUCAAAUGGUUUUGCUCUGGCUGGCCGACAUGCUGUCAGAUGUGUACGUGACCUACAAGUACUGCAAGCAGAGGAUGUAUGUUUUUGCUCUUCUGAUGAUCUUGAUUUGGCUUGGCAGCGGAUGCGUAGCUUUUGGCCACAGAUAUGUGAGCUGGGAACGGUGCAGCAGUGAAACCCACCUUGGCUAUUGGGCCUCAGGCUUGAACAAGUAUGGUGAACCAAAGCCUGGUUUCAAGAGCUUCGCGCUGUACGUUGCACAGAUCCAGCCUGUGAUCAUGGCCUGGGACGGUUGGCUUCAUGGCAUGACUCGACACCUGCGUGAGGAAAAGAUGUUGGCUGCACUGGCCGAGGGUGCGCCGUCGAGUUUGUUGCAGCUUUAUGCUAUGAUGUUGGAACCGCCGAGAAAACUCCGAAUCAGCGACCAGCCCUCCGAAUCAAUCACCACGAAUCAGCGACCACGAAUCAGCGACCACAUAAUGAGAAUCAGCGACCAUAUUUCACGGAUCAGCGACCACAUUUCACGGAUCAGCGACCACAUAUCCGAAUCAGCGACCAUGAAUCAAAGACCACGACUCAACGACUACAUGCUAACCCUUAUGCUUGGGCGCUGUUUCUUUUUCUAA